UGACGGGAGUUACUCUUAUUUAUUUCUUGCAGCUGCUUCUGCACCUUCGCAUGCUCUUAAAAUUCUAUAAGAAAGCCAAUUUUUGGAACUCUUUGGUUUGUCCAGAUUCCCUUCCCUCUUGUUCCGCCUUGUAAAAUGCAUGCUACUUGAGUUUGUGAUCAGGGAUCAAAAUUAAUACCUUUUUUUUUGUAAAGCUCGUUGGGUUGUGUAAGCAUAGUUCAGAGAUUGGUUCUUUGUUUUGGAGGUUGGAUCAUCGACAAGCUUUAGGUAUGAGUAAUCGUAGCCCAUCGCCAGAGAACGUUGAGAGGUCUUUGGUCAGGAAUGAGAAUAAGGAUAUCGAGGGGCAAUGUCGUCCAAGCGAAGUUGUUGAAUCUGCUUCAAAGUCAACAUUUAAGCCAUUGGUAGAUUUGUUCCUUAAAUGGUAUGAAGAAAUACUUGUAUUGUUUCGCGCGUUUGCAGUAUCACUGGAUCCCUUGUUCUUUUACGUUCCCGUGAUCAAAGAAGACAAAAAGUGCAUUGGGUUAAACGAAGUGCUGUGGACCAUAGCUAUUGUUUCGCGAUCGGUCACCGAUGUCGUUUACCUAGUGCAUUUUGUAGUGAAAUCCUACAAGGAGCGAGGGUCGAAGGCAAAUACCACAGGUCGGGAAAAUGGUCGAAGGCACUUAUGGUCCAUGUUCAACGUUCUAGUUAUUCUGCCUAUUCCACAGGUGGUAAUGCCAAGCAUAUUUUCAGAGAUGAGACAGAAAAAAUCUUCAAAUAUAACAAUCUUGAACUAUGUAAUUCUUUUGCAAUAUGGGCCAAGAGUUUUCCAAAUCUACCGAUACUGGAAGCAACUCAAACGCGCAGGGAAAACUAAUAAGGCUUCCCUAUGGAUCACAGCUUCAUUGAAUUUAUUUCUAUACAUCCUUGCUGGUCAUGUAUUGGGAGCCUUUUGGUACUUUUUCUCUACCCAACGACUAGCGGCUUGCUGGCACAAAGCUUAUGAAAUUCAUAGUGAUGGGGUUGAAAUUUCUUUUAACUGUGACCACAGUUUUAGAAAUAUCUCUUUAUUAGAUGAUUUCUGCCCUAUUGAUACACCAAAGCCAAGAAGUACCUUUGAUUUUGGAAUAUUUCUUGAAGCCCGUCGAUCUGGAAGCUUAGAGUCCACAGGUUUUCUGCCAAAAGCAUUUUACUGUUUCUGGUGGGGCAUGCGAAAUCUAAGUUCUUUUGGGUCAAACCUCCAAACAAGUAGCUACAUAUGGGAAAACAUCUUUGCACUUGGAAUUUCUAUCUUUGGUCUGUUAUUAUUUCUUUAUUUCAUUGGAAACUUGCAGAUAUACCUGGAGUGGAGAACAACAAAAGAACAAAAGUGGAGAAAACGAAAAAAAAACCUUAAAAUAUGGAUGGACGAACACAAAUUUGAUAGAACAACAGGGGACAGGAUUAUUGACCACAUGGCUAAGAAGUAUGAUGCAGACGAUGACGUUCAUGUAGAGACCCUUAUCCCUGAUCUUCUUCCUGAACUUCGAAGCGCUGUCAACUGCCAUAUCUGCUUAGAUCUGCUCAAGAAUCUGAAAAUCAUAAAAGACAGUGGGUUGGCCGAGCAUGAGCCACUGUUGCUCAAAAUCUGCGACUCUCUUCAACCAAUGUUCUAUAACAAGCACUGCUACAUUGUUAGGGAGGGAGACCCAAUUGAUGCGGUAUUCUUUAUUACAGCUGGCACUGUAUGGACUUAUACAAGCAAUAAUGGUGAAGGAUCUGACACUCAACAUGCUGAGCAUCUUAAAAAAGAUCAGUACUUUGGAGGAGAACUUCUUGAAUUGGUUUUGACAUCUACCUCCAAUGACAUAUCCAAAUUACCAGAAGUCCCAAUUUCUUCAAAAACCCUGAAAACAUACACAAAAGUGGAAGCUUUUGCUCUAAUGGCCCAUGACUUGAAACAAAUUUGGCAAUCUUACCGUAUCAAUGCAAGUGCUCUAACUUGUCACAAUUAGGCCCGGAGUUCUAGGCAGCUUCACUUGUACAAUGAAUCUGGCGCCGCAAUCACCCGAAGAUGUAUGAUAGUGAUAGCGUUGGUGGUAGUAUAAGAAAACUUUAGAAUCCAGCAAAGCCUGACAGUACUAUUGUUGCAAAGCAGUAGUUCGUUUUUUUUUUCUUUAUGAACAGCAGUAGUUUGUUUUGAUGUCUUUGAAGUAUUUAGUUUUUAUAGUCAUAAGGUUGCUACUUGUUUGGAUUUUG